CAAGAUGUGUAUCCAUCCAUGACUCGAUCAUGUAAAACACUACCGGUGAGCUCGAAAAGAGCCAACUUGGCAAUGCCUAUAUGGCGCAGAAGAUAACGAUAACAUGUCGUUCGAGGAUGUUGAUGUGCGAUCCAAGACUAAUCUAUGUUGCUGCAGUCAAUCAAACUCGAAUUUGACGCAACCAGUGUAUUGCCGUAUGAUGAUGACGACGUCGGCCAGCGGUGUCCAACCCAAAUGGAUAAGAUGCUCCAACAAGAUAUUGUGGUCCAUAGGUCGGGCUGUCGCACAGGCUCACAGCUCGUUCUUUUAUGCCCGACCAUCGCGUUGCUUUGUUCUUCUGUAAUCUUGGUAAUGGUGUUCGUAAUACAGGGAUCGAUGCCAUUGUUAUCGGCACUGGCUUUGGAGUUAUUGCCUGUGCGAUUGAAUGCAAAGAAUGUUGUCCUGGCUGCGAUUCGGAGCGUUCGCCUAUCAAUGGUCAUCGAGCGCUUCUCCACGAAGUCCGUUUUGAGCAUGCGAAGGACUUGGGCAUCGAGAUUCGCAUGGGACAUCAGGCCGUAGAAUAUUGGGAGGAUGAAGCGAGUGGAAAAGCUAGUGUCAAAUCUCAAACAGGUGAAAGUUUUGAUGCCGAUAUCAUCGUUGCUGCAGAUGGAGCGAUGAAUUUGGCGAGAAAGUUGGUCAUACAUGGUGAAUUUAUCUGCACGUUUUUUUCUUAUUGUUCACCACUCGUAGGUAAAGACAUGCACUGCCUAGCGUCUUCCUCCCUCGGAGGUAAAGGUAUUGCAUGGUUCACUCACAAGUUUUCAUCCCCGGGUGAAAUAGAAGACGUAGACUGGGGCCCGCGGUGCGCUGCAGUCAUAUUGAAAGCUCCCUCGUGCAUCGACUGGAAGCUUCUUGUACACGACCCUCUUCCUACGUGGGUCAGGAAAUCUGGUCCCGUGGCAUUGAUUGGCGAUGCUGCUCAUCCAUUCUUACCAUCAAGCGCGCAAGGCGCAUCUCAAGCCAUUGAGGAUGGCGUAACUCUAGCAUUUACCCUGAACCUUGCUGGCAAAGACAACGUUCUAUUGAGCACGAGAACAUGGGAAUCCAUCCGGUAUGUGAAAUAUUCUGACUUCCAAAAGAUGCGCAACAUAACUUCUGCAUCACAUUGUACAGGUACCAACGGGUGUGUGAUGCACAGCGAUAAAUGGCAUGGUGCGAAAGCUGGCGACUAA